AUGUUCGGAAUUACUUCGAGGAUGAUGUUAUGUGGAGAGAAAAUAAGUGAUUAUGAUAUGAUCGAGAAAACUCUCUCCACGUUCCAUCCUGAAAAUGUAAUCCUGCAGCAACAGUAUCAGGUAAAUGGAUAUACCCGUUACUCGGAGUUGAUGCAAGUCCUCCUUGUAGCGGAGCAGAAUAAUCAACUCGUGACUUUAAACCAUCAAGCUCGUCCCACUGGAUCUGCUCCAUUCCCUGAAGUGAAUGUUGCAUCAUCCAGUUAUGAUAAUAGAAGAGGACGAGGUCGUGGACGUGGUGGAAACCAUUAUCAUGGUUGUGGAAGAGGACGAGAAAGAAGAUUUUGUCCCUAUGAUGAAAGAAAUAAUAAGAACUUCCACGAGAAUGAAAGGAAUGAAAAGGACCGGGAUGAUAAAAGGCAAACGGGAAAGGUUUGCUACAGAUGCGGCAUGAAAGGUCAUUGA